AUGGGAGCAGCUCCACCGCGUUGCCAACUUAUGGUUCUUACUCAUUGGUAUCUGCCAGAUGCUUCCUUACGAUUUGAGCCCUACUUCGGAGUGGGCCACCAUCGCGCCGCUGGUAUUCGUGCUCAGUCUGACGAUGAGGAGAGGAAGUNNNNUUCCGAUAACCAAUCGUUCACCACUGUUCUAAUGCUUUUGGAUCUCGAUAGAUAG